CACCGUCGUUCGUCACUGGUCUUCAUGGACCCCUCAAUGGAAUUUCUAAGAAUGCCUAAGAACGGUGACAUUGACAGGGCUGAAUUAAAGCCGUCGUACUACUUCUUUGGGUUUAGACUGCUCGGAUACUCAUCUGCCGACCAUUUGCAGGUCGGAUUCUUGUGAGCAAUGAACAGGAGAAGCUCGUGUAUACAUGGGAGUCAUGUGGAAUUGAUCCCAAGACACUCUCUCGAACCUCUUACAACACUUUUGCUUCUCGUCCUCGAACAGACGGGCAUGCAUUUGCCUUGGUCAAGUAGCUACACUGACUGCGGUCGGCUGUUGGCCGCGUACAGCUUUGUCUUCCAGCUCAGUACCUCGGCGUGUACUGUAUAUAUACAUAUGUCGGAAUGGGGAUGCGCCCUAUGUAUGCCAACAAACAAAAAGGAAAAGUGAUCCUAUUUCCGAAUUACCAAAAAGAAAUUAUUGUUUCGCUGGGAAAUGGAUCAAAGAAAGCCGUGAGAUAUCACCACCGUGGUUUAACCGCAACGGGUAUGGUUGGUUUCUCUACUUGGAUGGAUACUUGCAGACGAGAGAUGGCGGGGUAACUAUCGUCAGCCGUGCCUGGACAUGGCAAGUCUCCACUAUAAGAUCGGUGCGCCAUUGGCUGCGGCUCGUAGGCAUGAGUGGGAUGAGCUCCAGCGCUCUUUGGGGGAGGUCUGAGAGCCGGAGAGCCUGGGAGCCAGGAGCUUGAGAGCCUGGCAGCCUGGCCGCGGUUCGGGAGCUAAUCGCCAACGUCAGACGUCAGGUCAAGAUUAUGUAGUUAUGUACCCAGUCGC